AAUUUCCAAUCCUCAGUCUUCAUUUUAUUCUUUGUUAGCUCGUUUUCUUUGUGUGUGAUUGUUUUAAGACGCGCAUCUCCCUUUUCUAUAUUCUGACUGUAUUUGCGUUGUUUCCCAAGAAUGGCAGCCCUUGCAAUCUCACGUCGCAUGUUCACAUCGCUCUCGGCGCACUCGCGCGCACUCGCGUCGCUGUCGGCCACUCCUUCGUCGGCGGCUGCUGCUGCGCGCAAGGCUGAGGAGCCGCAGCCUGCUGCCUAUGCAAACCGCAUUCUGCCAAUGAACCAGGUGGAGCAGUACAACCGCGACGGCUUCCUCGUGGUGCCAAACCUCUUCACACCGGCCGAGAAGCAGCAGGUCUUCUCGUGGACGGACCAGAUUGGCGCCCUGCCCGAGACCAAGGGCAAGUGGAUGCAGUACUUUGAGAACAAGAACGGCCAGCGCCUGCUGUGCCGCACGGAAAACUUUUUGGACUACUUCCCGGAGCUCGACAAGCUGAUUCGCGGCAAGAUCACCGACGCCGUGUCCGACCUGCUGCAAGAGCCUGCCCUUCUGUUCAAGGAAAAGGUCAACUUUAAGCUCCCGCAUUCGUCCGGCUUUGAGCCGCACCAGGACGCCCCCGCGUACACGACUUUCAAGCAACGUCUUCACCUCACCGCCAUGAUUGCUGUUGACAAGGCGGUCAUUGACAACGGCUGCCUCGAGGUUGUCCGCGGCGAACACACCAAGGGCAUGCUCCCCCACCCCGGCGGCGUUAUGGAAGAGUGGCUUGUCAAGAAGUGGGAACAGGAAAAGAAGUGGGAGCCCGUUCAGGUUGAGGCUGGCACGAUUCUGUUCUUUGGCUCCUUCCUCCCCCACCGCUCCGGCGCCAACAACUCAGAUCGCUCUCGCCGCGCCCACUACAUUACCUACAAUGCGCUGUCCGACGGCGAUUUCCGCGCUGCCUACUACGCCGACAAGCGAAUCAAGUUCCCUCCGCAAAUCGAGCGCGUGCCCGGCGUUGACUACUCUGCUGGCGCAAGUGUUUACAAUGUGGCCAACCCCAUCGACACCAAGGCAUAAAGCGCGUGCUGCUUCUUGGGCUGUCGAUGCGUGAUUUAACGUUGUGUUUUUCCUCGUUUUUUCUUGUUCUGUGGAGACCGUCGAUCCUGGUUGGUUGUUUAAUUCUUUGCAUUAUUUGAGUGCACUGAGCUUUGGUCCUUGUUGUGUGUGUGUUGCAUGUCUUUCGAUUGAUUUUUUUGUCCUUCAAUGCUAUACUUUGGUUCUA